GUAAAAACUUCCCGCUGAGACCAACCCUUCCUCUCAGUUCUCUCUCAAUUUCCUUUUGCUGCCCAUCUACAAGCACUCAGCGGCUGCGCUGUCACAUAACAAUUAUGGCGACACUCGAAACCCAGCCCAGAUACAUUUACAAGAUCAUCCCCUCCACGGCGCCGGUGCGCGAGCCACUUCCCGAUCGACUGCCAGUCAGCGAAUUGGAUCAGAACUCCGGAUUCAUCCACCUAUCAACGGCAUCGCAGGUGCCCAAUACCUUGAAACUCUUCUUUAGCGAGGAGCCGCUUGUGUAUAUCCUACGUAUCCACUAUGCGGACGUGAUCCAGGAUAUUCGAUGGGAAUCACCAGACGGAAAAGUGCGCAGUCCGCGGCCCAGGGAGGGACUGUUUCCGCACUUGUAUAAUGGGCUCAAGCUAGGCAGGGAUGAGGUGGAGAGCAUCGCGAUUUGGCAGAAUGACGGAGGGUGGGAUAAGGCCCUGGCUGGCGCAAAGCCUUGGCUCCUGUCCUGAUAAAUUUGCCAUGACAUUUUGGUCGAUUACAACGAGGAUGGCUUCGGGAAGAUUCGGGAAAGAGGUCACGAAGUAAAAUUUAAUCUGCAGCAAAAGAAUGACUCAAAACAUGACUACUAUCUGGUAGAAUAUCAAGUGCGCCCGUGAGGCCUCUAGUCUCCGAUUGGAUAACAAUGCAGAACCUGCCCGUCUACAUAUCAAGAUUCGGAUUAGCUUCACACCGCGACAAUGCAGACAUCCCAGAGACGAGGCAUCUUCCUCCAAUUUAGAAUUAUACUUACAAUAGAGGGCAGCAUCCGCACUCGCCAAGAAUAUGAAGCUGGUUGCAACCUCACUCGGCUCACCGGGUCGACCUAGAGGUCCCUUGAAGUUGAUGUUGAACAGAAACAGCAGUUGCUUACGCCACGGCAUUGACUCGAAUGCCUUUCGGGAUUAAAUGCGCCCCUAGCGAUCUAGUGAAGCCGAUGAUGGCGCCUUUCGUUGCAGCAUAGUCGAUCAUUGUACCUGAUCCUCGGAAAGUCACGACAGACGAAGUGUUGAUGAUACUGAACUGAAAUUGUGAGCGUGUGGCAUCCGCAAGAUUGAAACGUUCGGACGUACGAGUCGCCCCGACACAUGUGAGGGAGAGCGAACUUCGCCAUUGCAAUCAUCUGGAUGAUGUUGGUCUUAAAUAUAUCCUGUGUUUCUUCAAGAUCAAUUUCGGAAAAGUCCUUGCGCAUGUAUUGUUUCGACGCAUUAUUGACGAGACAGAAGAAGCAUUGUCUUCAUACUCUGCUACAUGCUUCUCCACGGUCUCACGGCAAACUUCCAGGUCUCUUAAAUCUCCGCAGAUAAGAAGGCACCGAACACCCUCCUUCUCCACCAAGUUUUUGGUGGUCUCCGCAUCCACUUGCUCUGGCAGGAGAAAGACAAUGCUGAUAUCAGCUCCUUCUCUUGCCAUUAGAAUGGCAACAGAGCGACCGAUUCCAG